CAAGGUGUACAUUUCUGCCAAUGUUUCACUUUUUUCCCGUGGAUAUUGUGUGCACAAAAUAACACAACUUCACAAGCAGAUCUUUUCCAAUUUGAAAAAUGAAAUUCAACUUGCACAACGUCAAAAGUACAGCUGGUCGCCUAGCAACAUUAUCUGAGCUUGGUCACCAUGGAAACAUCUCGAUGGAAUCUCCAGGAUGUACGUUGUAUACUCGAGGAGGCUCAGCCCCAAACCUGUCGCUCACUCUACUCAAUGGCAUAGAGGGAGUGCCACCGGUGACUCAAAUACCGAUACCAACAAUCGUUGAAAGCCAAGAGGUCUUAUCCACCCUCGGUCAGGGUGUGGCUUCAUUCUCAGGGAGGCCCGGUACCAUCACAUACUCCUGCACUCAGGACCCAGGCCAGCAAUCACGAUCUGGUUAUAAUGACAAGAACAGUGUGUCUGUAUGGACCCCUGCUGGCAGAGAAAGGCUUACCAUUGAUAGGUUCCUGUCCCUGCAAGAAGCCUUGCAAGUGGACUGGAUAGACGCUCUCUCUGAUGGAGACACCCCAACGGGAUCAAUGUCUAAGAGAAUAAGGAAAUCAGUAGACCGGACGUUGGUUUACUUAGACAAGUGUCUGGAUGCAAAGCAGAGCAGGCAGAAUCUUAAAGACACCACUAUUCUUGGUGUGAUUGUUGGAGGAGACUCACUGGAGGAGAGAAACCGAUCAGUCAGGGAGACGGUGAAGAGACCCGUAGGAGGCUUUGUCUUAGAUGGAUUCCACCAGGGAGCCAUGGAAGACGGGACAAGAUGGAGCAUCAUGGAGUCUGUCCUGAACGAAAUCCCUGAGGACAAGCCAAGAUUUCUCCCAAGGGUUGGUCGACCGGAUAAGGUGAUCCAGGCAGUGGAACUUGGUGUGGAUAUUUUUGAUUCAGCCUUCCCAUUUGAAGUAACAGAGAGAGGUUGUGCCUUGGUGUUUUCAUACCAUCUUGACCCUCCUCCAUCUUCAUCUGUUAAUGAUGAGGAGGUAAGACAUACCCUGCCUGCCUCCUCCAAUAUGACAGAUACAGAUGGUGGAAAUGACAGAACUACACAGUGUGGUGAAAAUGGAGAAGAUGGUGGCCGGACGAUGUAUGAAAUCAAACUCUCUGACCGAAGGUACAUUGAGGAUUUUUCUACCCUGGUUGAAGGAUGUGAAUGUUACUGCUGUGUGAAUCACACCAAAGCCUAUAUCAACCAUCUCAUCAAUGUUAAGGAGCUUCUUGCUGGUGUGCUGCUCAUGAUACACAACUUCCAUCAUCACUUCAAAUUCUUUCAAAGCAUCCGACAAGCUCUCCAAGAGGGCAGAAUGCAAGAACUGAAGGAAGAAAUCCGCAAAACCAGGUGACCCCAAUCUAGGUGGAAUGGACGAGAAUUUUGAAAUAACACUCUGAAACUUUUUAGAACUCUCUUUAGUCCCAGCCAAAGGUUAGAGUGAGGUUAACUACAGUGAAUAUAAAUUUGUUGGACCUUUGUGAGUUUUGUGGUCUUACGAAGAACCAAUGGAUUUGCAUCAGUGCAGUGUUUGUCUUUGGCAAACUGCAAGGAGAGGAAUUUGUGUACAAAUGGGUGACAUCAUCUUCUACAUUGGUUUUUAUAUAUAUUUCUUAUGAGACAUCGCCUAACGCCAUGGAGACAUCGCCUAACGCCAUGGACGGCCACUUGAAGGUGAGGGUCACAUCGAGCUGAUUUUGGCUGUCGACCCAAAUCAACUGCCACCAGGGGCACAUGCCACCUACUCCUUGGGCUUAAACGGAAGUAGCCGCUUCACAGUUCCUAAGGAUACAGGCAUGUGUAUCAUCCACUAAGCCUGGCUGGUAUGGCAGAAUGCACUACCUCCCAAUUUUUUUACGGAGCAAUUAUGGUGCAGGAUUUUAUGCUCAUUGCUGAAUACUUCAUUGGAAGUUUAUUUACAUUUUAAAUACAUUUAUAACACAAUGAAUCAUACUGUACAUCUUGAAAUAAGAAUAACUUCUAAUGAAAACAACACAGAACCAAUCAUUUUAAAUUAUAAACAGCCAUGCACCUGUUAUAUAAACAUUUCAUAUGAUCAACAGUAAUAAACAGCCAAAAGUAUAAUCAUUGCGUCAAUGUACAAUUUUGUUAGAGCUCCUAAACAAAAAUCCAUAUUUUUUUCUUCAAGUCUUUGUAUUACACAGGACAUAAGUGAAACACGACAAACAGUGCUUGUUUACCCAGAAAUAUUCU